GAGAAGCCGGGGAUACUGGUGGCUCCUCUGACCGUCAUGAAUCAGUUCCUCGCUACGCGGGGAAUAAAAUCCAGUCGGAGAGAAGAAGCUGCUCAGAGACGUUUUUAAAGCCGGAGAUGUUUUAUUUUAACACCGGAGACCUGCUGUUCACCGACCACAGAGAGUUCCUGUACUUCAGCGACCGCGUCGGUGACACGUUCAGGUGGAAAGGAGAAAACGUUUCCACCACUGAGGUGUCCGAGGUUUUAGGAGUUCUUGAUUUCAUCCAGGAGGCAAACGUCUACGGAGUCUCAAUCACAGGAUAUGAAGGUCGAGCAGGAAUGGCCGCCGUCGUCCUCAAACCGGAUCAGAAACUAGACGGAACAAAAAUUUAUAACCAUUUAGUUCAAACUCUCCCUGCGUACUCCUGGCCGUGGUUCCUCAGAGUCCAGAGCGCUCUGGACGUGACGGAGACGUUCAAGCAACAGAAGGUGAAGCUGGUCCAGGAGGGUUUUAACCCGGACGUCACUCAGGAUCCUCUGUACUUCUUGGACGUCUCCCAGAAGGAUUAUAUUCUCCUGAGCGAGUCGCUGUACGAGGACAUUGUCUCAGGAAACAUCAGAUUAUAAAUAUGUAAACACAGGAAUCCUGACGGUCGUCGUCAGAAUGCAGAACGAUAAGCUAAAGAGAGAGGGAACGUUUCAGAGACGGGUUUCUAACCUUUAUUUACCCGUUCUCACAGUUUGCAUCUGUUCAGGUUUUUUAAUAUAUAAACUGAACUCUCAGUUUUUAUAAGUCAACUUAACCACCAGACUUGGACUAGGACAUCCAAUUAGCUCGUGUUGACCAUCGCCAUCUUGAUUUUGUUUUGGAGCAGAGAUUCAGCAUACUACACCUCUUACCUGUUUGACUGGUUGCCGUGGUAGCAACUUGUCAAUUGCACCAUGCUCCAUGCUCCGACUGCCCCACUAUUUCAUCUUGCUUCAUCUCAAAAUUAAAAAAAAUAACUGAAAAUUAUUUUUAUUUCGUCCUUUGUACUCAAUUUUUUUUUUAUCACAUUUUAAGGAAUACUUUGAUAUGUAGACCAUCAAUUUUAACAACAAUUUUUAAACUUUAUUUGUGAAAGGAAAAGUAAGAACUUACUGUAGACGUGUUAACACUGCUGUAAACAUAAAUCCUUAUUAAAAGAAAAUAUAUUUAUGUGAACUCAGACUUGUUUUGGACAUUUUGUAUCAAAUAAAAGUUAUGUCUAAAAUAUACUUAUUAACUCAUGGGUUAUAUUUUGUGUAUAAAUAAAUCGUCUUGUUUUUCACAUUGGAGCCUUAAAAGAACAGAACAAUCCUUUGAUGAUGUUUAUGCUGAAUUAAAUUAAAGAUUUAAGGCAGACACUGUGUUGGGUUUUAAGUGGAAAUAAGCUAAUUUAAAAAAAA